AUGAUGCCUCUCAGACCGUCAAAGACCGCUCUGCGCGCCAUUCACCUCCAGAGGCAGCUUGCCUCUGGUCGUCGGCCCUUCUCGACCUCGUUCGUGGCUUCGGCUGCUUCGCCCUACCGCUCUUCUCCUCAGAAGCGUGCUCAGAGUACCGCCACGGCGACUUCGCCCGUGCCGAGCCCUGCCUUCAACCAAGAACCUCACCGCAAUGAAGUUUCGCCUCUGCAGAACCGCCAGCUCCCCGAGCUUGAUGACUCGAUGGUUGGUAUGAGCGGUGGUGAGAUCUUCCACGAGAUGAUGCUCCGCCUCGGCGUGAAGCAGAUCUUCGGUUACCCCGGUGGUGCCAUUCUUCCCGUGUUCGAUGCCAUCUACAACUCAAAACACUUCGACUUCGUCCUCCCCAAGCACGAACAAGGUGCCGGUCACAUGGCCCAGGGUUACGCCCGUGCUUCUGGCAAGCCCGGUGUUGUUCUCGUCACCUCUGGCCCUGGUGCUACCAACGUCAUUACCCCUAUGCAGGAUGCCCUGUCUGACGGUACUCCCAUGGUCGUCUUCUGUGGUCAGGUGCCCACUAGCGCCAUUGGUACCGACUCCUUCCAAGAGGCCGAUGUCAUCGGUAUCUCUCGUGCCUGCACCAAGUGGAACGUGAUGGUCAAGUCCGUUGGUGAGCUGCCUCGCCGCAUCCAGGAGGCCUUUGAGAUCGCUACUAGCGGUCGCCCCGGCCCUGUCCUUGUCGAUCUGCCCAAGGAUGUCACCGCUGGUAUUCUCCGCAACCCGAUCCCCAUGCACAGCACUAUUCCAUCCCUCCCCAGUGCUGCUACCGUCGCUGCUCGCGAGCUGAGCCAGAAGCAGCUUGAGAGCACCAUUAGCCGUGUGGCUCGCCUCGUCAACAAGGCCGAGAAGCCCAUUCUCUACGUUGGUCAGGGUCUCCUUGCCCGCCCCGAUGGUCCUGAGAUCCUCAAGGAGUUUGCUGAGAAGGCGAACAUCCCUGUUACCACUACCCUCCAGGGUCUGGGUGGCUUUGACGAGCUGGACCCCAAGGCUCUGCACAUGCUCGGUAUGCACGGUUCCGCGUACGCCAACAUGGCCAUGCAGGAGGCCGAUCUGAUCAUCGCGGUUGGUGCCCGUUUCGACGACCGUGUCACCGGUAGCAUUCCCAAGUUCGCUCCCCAGGCAAAGGCCGCUGCUGCCGAGGGCCGUGGUGGUAUCGUUCACUUCGAGAUUAUGCCCAAGAACAUCAACAAGGUCGUCCAGGCUACCGAGGCUGUCGAGGGUGACUGCGCCGACAACCUCCGUCUGCUCCUGCCCCAGGUCAACGCCGUUCCUGAGCGCCCUGAGUGGUUCGCCCAGAUCAACGACUGGAAGUCCCGCUUCCCUCUGUCCCUCUACGAGCGCCAGACUGCUGAGGGUACCAUCAAGCCCCAGGCUGUCAUUGAGAAGCUCAGCGACCUCACCGCUCACAUGAAGGACAAGACCAUCAUCACCACCGGUGUCGGUCAACACCAGAUGUGGGCUGCUCAGCACUUCCGCUGGCGCCAUCCCCGUACCAUGAUUACCUCUGGUGGUCUUGGUACUAUGGGUUACGGUCUUCCCUCCGCUAUUGGUGCCAAGGUUGCCCGUCCGGACUGCCUGGUCGUCGAUAUCGACGGUGACGCCUCCUUCAACAUGACUCUGACUGAGCUUUCCACCGCUGCUCAGUUCAACAUCGGUGUCAAGGUUCUUCUGCUGAACAACGAGGAACAGGGCAUGGUCACUCAAUGGCAGAACCUGUUCUACGAGGACCGUUACUCCCACACCCACCAGCAAAACCCCGACUUCGUUCCCCUUGCCCGUUCCAUGCGCGUCGCCGCCGAGCGUGUCUCCAAGGCCUCUGAGCUCGAGGCUAAGCUGAAGUGGCUGAUCGAGCAGCCCGGCCCUGCCCUUCUUGAGGUUAUCACUGCCCGCAAGGUCCCUGUUCUCCCCAUGGUUCCUUCCGGCCGUGGCCUCCACGAGUUCCUGGUUUACGACGAAGCCAAGGAGGUUGAGCGCAAGGAGAUGAUGAAGAAGCGCAAUGCCCCCACCGAAGUCAACCUGCGCGAGUAA